AAGAAGUCCGUAGUUCCAGAAUAUGUGCCGUUGACACAAGAGCAAAUGCUAGAAGAAGCGAAGAUCACCGAAAAAUUAAAUGAAAGAUCUCUCGGUGAGUAUCCAUUUUCGAAAUGGAAUUGUGAACCCACAAAUAAUUCAACAGAUUUUGCCGAAAGAACUUUCAUAACUUUCCACGACAUUCAAACGUUUCGUAAGACGCAGACUGUCCCGUUAAAAGAACCAAAAUUCUGUGCCGUGACUGGACUGCCUGCAAAAUACGUCGAUCCCAUAACCAAGCUUCCAUAUGCAACCCCUGAAGCCUUCAGAAUUAUCAGGCUGUCAUAUUAUAAAUACGUGGAGAAAACUUGUGGUUCUUCAAGUAUGCAGAUCAAGGAGUGGUUAGAAGAACAAAAAAUAAGGUUUCAAGGAGAUCGUGCGACUACUCCAUGUAAAUCUGGAGAAUUAAUAGAAAAAAUCAGGUUCCUCCUAAAGAUUGCUGAUAUGACUGAAUUUAGCUGGAUUCAGAAUACGGCGAUCCUAAAUAUUCUAAUGCUUGAGCUACUUUUCCAAAUCGGAGGAGCGCAGCGGCGACGGAGCUUGGGCAUGUAA